AUGUCUCUGCCAACACGCUCAGACAGCCAUGCGGCAGCCGCUGAAUCGAGCAAGGACGUCGAAAAUGCGAUUGCUUGCCCCAAGUGUGGAAAGACCUUCUCGAGGGCGGUCAAUCGCGAUCGUCACCUGGCAACCCACAACGCAGUGCCUUCGCUGGCCUGCUCCAUCUGUCAGCGCCGCUUCCAUCGUGCAGAUGUGCUCGCAAAGCACGUCCUUCGUCACCGAUCUCGCUCGUCUAGCUCGGACGAUGCCUUGUCCGUCUCCGCCCACGCACAACAGCGCAGCCCGUCUCCACCCAAAGCUCGUCCGUCCGACUCCUAUACACUUGCGACAAAUGCCAGCGCACAUGCUGCGCAGCCUGGAAAUCCUUCGCCGUCAGUGAGAUCGCUUGCAGCCAGUCGCAAAGUGUCAAAGGCAUGCAGCCUCUGCAACAGAGCCAAGGUGCGGUGUGAUGGUGUCCUGCCCGUGUGUGGCCGAUGCUCUCGUCUCGACAAGGCAUCCUUGUGCAAGUACGCUCUUCCAGCCAAUGCCAUGCAGCCUGCGUCCGAGCAAACCGUUCAGAGCGACUCCACUCCCGCCCACGUCGCUGGAUCGAGCGGACAUGUUUCAGCGCCCAUCAACCAAGACGCUACAAGCACACUGCAGCAUGCUGUCGACUUUGACUCCAUCGCUGCAGCAGUCGACAACCUUGUCGAUGCGCCACCAUCCACGAAUGGGAGGCAACUCGGCACGUCAAGCUUCGAUCCGGGCUUGUCCACCAGCUCGUUCCCGAACCACUUUCGUGCCCUCGACUCGCUCGACCUCGAGUCCUGGCGGCAGUCUCAGGCGCAGACGACAAACACUGCUGCCUGGUCGUCGGCUCUGUCGCCGCUUCCAGUCGACUGGCUACUGCAGAACGAGAUUCCGGACGACGAUUGGGCAGCUUACCUGGGUGACCCAGGCGUUCCCUUGAUAGGAAGCUACUUUGAACAGCCAGAGCCUUCGUUUCCCCGUUGGCGCUACGAUACACACCAUGCCGCCUCCUCUUCGACGCCACACGCCACCUUCGCUGUCGAUGCCGCGCUGCCGGUCGGCCUUACAGACGAUCAUUCAAACGCGCGUCCUUCGGCUCACCCUCGCACACCGCUUCGGACACGCACUCCUCAGAACUCCUCGCAAGUGGCCCAGGCUCAGUGCCAGCCAAGUGCGAUCUCGCCGGCAAGCAUGGACGCCAAUGCUGCCGCUGCCACCUUGGCGCGGAUCCGCAGUGAGGCGGUGAACCGAGGCCUGCUGCGCUCGGCUUCGCCCUCGGAGGACGACAGCAGCGGCUCCUCAAGUUGCGGUCCAGAAGACGUCGACAACAACAACCGUGGCGGACCUCGCGCCGCUAUUAGCCCUCACCGUCAGAUCGGCCCGUCGCAUGGCGCUUUGAGACGCCGUAGAUCGCGCGAUGGCGCCAUCGAUGGACACGCUGGACCACGCCGCUCAUCUCCGCCACAUUCGCCCGGGUCGUCGUCCGAGUCGUCCGAUCUGGACCCAAUGGAACGUGCGAACCGAGACAUUGCUGCGCAACCGCGACAGCAACGAGUGAGCUACCGCCAUCCGGAUCCUUCGGCGCGGAAUCAUCUGAAUGCAAGCCCGGCAGCACCCUCGCCCGAGGACGUGGCUAUGCAAGAGCUGGUUGCUGAGGAGCUAGCGCAACGAACCCACCAAAACGACCAGGUCUCGGGACGUUCGCCGCACACUGCGACGUCGGAUCGGUCCAGCAAACGGCGCAAACGACGGCACAAGUACUGGCCCUCGGUGUACCGGCCCAAAGCUACCGACGGCGGGCGGCAUCUUAGUCUUCAGAAAGUGCCCUUUGCAUCGGACGAGGUGAUGGCGCUCGAGAACAGCUACCAAGUUGCGCCGAUGACGGACCAGGCCAAGGAGCGCAUGAUCGACGAGUUUCGCUUCUGCGAGGUGGAGCCGCAAGACCUUCGUCGCAUCCAGGAUACGCUGCGGUCCACCGAGACGGCCACGCUGAACCUCUUUGUGCAACUGUACUUUGAGCAUCACGACGCCAUCUUGCCCAUCCUGCACCGCGCGAGCUUUGAUCCGGAUACGUGCGAUCCGCUUUUGCUGGCGGCGGUGACGUGUGUGGGUGCGCUGUGCUCCAAGGCCGAGAAUGCCUUUGCCUACUCGCUGCUCACGAGCUCGCUGGUGCACGCCGUGUCGUACAAGCUGAUCGGCAUCAACCAUUUGCGCGGACGCUACUUGCCCUCGAUGCAGACGUUGCUGCUCACCUAUGCGCUCUGGCGCAAUCUGGGCGAUCCGGCUAAACUCGAGUAUGUCGAAGGCUUCCGCAACAUCGUCUUGACCAUGGCGCGGCGAUGUCGACUGUUCGAGCUGGUGCCUUUUGUGCUGGACCCCAAUGCGAUGGGUUCGAACCAGGGGCAAGCGAACGAUGGCGAGACACUGGCGCGCAAACGCGAGCAGGAGUGGCAGCGUUGGAUCCGCAAUCAGGAAAUGGUGCGGAUGAGCUGGGCGCUGCUUGCGCUCGACAGCGAUCUCAGCCUGGCGUGGGAUCUUCCGUGCACGGUGACCAUUGCUGAGCUCGGGUCUCCGUUGCCGUGUGUCGAGUCGCUGUGGCAGGCCGAGUCGGCAGAAGAGUGGAUGGGCAUGUCGAUGGAGCAGGCUGCAUCUGCGCACAAGAGCCGACUUGCCGAUCUGCUGUGCACAUCUCGACUCGGCGUCGGCGCCCCUCGCCAAGGAGACCGACUGACCGCACAAGCAUCCGCUGCGAAAGAGUCGGCGAUGGAUCUGCGUCACUCGUCGCCCAUGACGCGGCUGGUGCUAAGCGCGGCCGUGCACAACCUCGUACUGAGUCGAUGGAACCUCGACACGGUGCUGUCGCAAUAUGCCAAUCCGCAGGACGACGACGAUGGCGAAGACGACGACGCCGACAGUGGCAAAGCCGUUCUACCCCAUCGGGAUCCGGCGCUGCAAUCGUGGGUGGAAUCGAUCACCGCCAAGCUCAACCAUCUCACUUCGAGUCGACUUGAUGCCAGCAGCAAAGGCGAGGCGCAGCUCAUGCUGCACGGUGCGCGCCUGCGCAUGCUGGUGAGCUUCAAGAUGGUGCAAAUCAUGUCGGGUCGUAAGGGCCACCGUCGCGCCAAGGUGCAGAUGAAGCGUUGGCUCAAGGGCCCGCUGCAAGACGAAUCUUUCCGCACCGACCUUUUCAGCGAGGCGAGCAAGAUCUUUACGUUGAGCAUCUCGUCGCGCCGCGACAUUGCGCCGCUCAACCUGGCGUCGUCGUCGUCGUCGCAUGCAGCUGCCAACGUCAGCACGCGAGGCAGGAGUGCUAGUCGGAGCAGCGGCAAUGGCGCGUUCGAACGGGCUGGUCCGAGCUCGUUUGACUCGUCGGGCACGGGACAUGCAACGUUUUCGGGUACGGGCGCGGAGAACUCGAUCCUGUUCUACGCGACCGUGUGUCUGGCGCUGCUCUGCCAGUGGCUCCAGCAGAAUCAAAGACCCGAGCCGAGCCGAGAUCAGAGCGGCACCGCAGACGUCUCAGCGGAGGCCGGCAGCCCCGCUGGUUUGGCCAGAGGCUCGAGCGUGUCGAGGAAGACGCGCCGGAAGGACGUCUAUUUCCUGCCCGGAGUUGGCGCACUCACGCACGCCAUGUCGCUAGACCGCCUGAUCCACGUGGCGGUGCACCAGGGCCUCAAUCGCAGUGCGUGGCCGCUCGGAUACGUGCUUGGCAAGGUGCUGCAGCAGUGGGCUCGAACCCUCGCCCGAUGA